AUGAAAAGCAGAGAAAAAAAUUCACUACAUAAACAAUUGUCCCCUUGUUUGAAGGUUCAAGCUCAAGUGCGACAUGCAAAACUCAACUUUGACAAACUGAAGACUGAUGUCUGUCAAAAAGUGGAUCUUUUGGGAGCAAGCAGAUGCAACCUCCUUUCUCAUGUGUUAACAACAUAUCAGACAACACUUCUUCAUUUUUGGGAAAAAACUUCGCACACAAUGGCAGCCAUCCAUGAAAGUUUCAAAGGUUAUCAGCCAUAUGAAUUCACUAUGUUAAAGAGCUUACAAGAUCCUGUGAAUAAACUAACAGAAAAAGCAGAAAAGGAAGACCUGCAGAUUGAGAGGACAAGAUCAGUACAAGAUCAGCAGAGUCAGUUGAUUUCAUUAGAUGAGGAGAGCCAUACCAAGGAAUCAAACUAUUCAGGUGCCAUAGAUGACUUAUUAGACCUGCAACCUGAAGAAAAUGCUUCAAAGGAUCAGUUUGUGAGGUCUUUGGAGUCAGAACCUGGUGAUAAGGAUGACCUAGUAUUACUGAAUGAGAUCCUCAACGCUUCCUCCCUGGAUGAGGGGGAAUUCAGCAAAGAGUGGACAGCUGUUUUUGGACAGGUUGCACUUGCUGAUCUCACCAUGAACUCUUCAGCUGGAGAUGUGGAGAACACUUCAUCGUCUGUGGCACCGACACCAUCAGGCUACUUGCCCUCACAGCUGUUAGACCAAAACAUGAAUGACUUGCAGUCGUCUUUACAUGGAUGGGCAGCUAACAGUGUGAGCCCACCGUCUAUACCACAGCCAGCACAGAAACCAAACAGCCUGAAUGUGAAUGCUAACAAGACGCCUGUGAAAGAACCUGCAAAGAAUCCUAAAGACUUAACUGCCUGGUUCAGUCUCUUUGCUGACCUUGACCCAUUAUCCAAUCCUGAUGCUGUUGGGAAAACUGAUAAAGAACAUGAAUUGCUUAAUGCAUGAGUCAGCUGCCUAUGGUAACUCACAUUCUUCCAUUCAUCAACACUGUUUUGGGGUUUAAAAAAACUAAAUAAAAACUAGUAUGCUGUUGUGAAACUAUGAAGUAUGUGCCAUGAUAAUAAAACUAAAGGGAAUGAAUCCCCUUUUAUAUAGGUACAGUUAUUUGCUCUUGUUUUGUAUAAAGAGUUCGCAUUUAUUUUCUACGUGGAUUUACAAAAAUAAGGUUAAGGAUUAGGGCAGAUUUCUUGACAAAUUAGAUUAUUUGCUGAAACACUGUCUUUGCCUGAGGUGAUGCGGAACUAACACUGGAGUGAAAUACAAAUUCCAAACCUAUUUUUUUAUAACAUUUCUUGAGUAAAUAAAAAAAAAAAAACAUGUAACUGAGGAGGCUGCACGAGUCAAACAUCUAUUAUGUAUAUACUAUAUAUAUUACUGCUAUGUUAAGAUGUCAGCUAAAUUUGUUCUGUUAGUGCUCACAGUGAAAAAUCUGUGCUGGGGCUAGUUAUUGAAGAAAUACAUUUGGGUCUGUGCAGCCGUGGAAAUUGUGCCCUUUCUGAUUUAACUUACUAGACGAACUGCACUACAUAAAGAGAAGUUAUGCCCAGCACACUUCUUUUCUGAGCUUUUUCUCCAUUGCACCAACAGAAUUUGCACCUGUUUGCAGAAGUUGCUUGCAACUGAUGCUUUACCAUGCUUUCAAAAUAUUCAUAUUUCUGUUCAGAGUAUUUUUCAUCCAACUUAUUUCUGAAGCAUGUGUUAUUUUGAGCUUGUUGCGACAUUAACUCUUUAAUAAAAUGAUUUUGACAAAAA